CCUCUUAACGGUUGUGUCGACCCGGCAAAGAGUGAAGCGGUCGACGGUCUAACGGUUCAAGCGUGCAACUUCCGGCGGCAUAUAAACAGCUGUGCGUGGUUAUCAUAAAGGAACAGGCUCGAGCGCUGUUUGACAGCUUCAAGCCAGAUUCUAAGAAACGAAAAUAAAUUGUUGAAAAUAACUCUGUGCCGUGGAUAGGAUCGGUAAACCGAAAUUAAUGUAAAUAAUUAAAAUACCAAGUGCUUUCUAACUAAAGUUAUUCGCAAAUAUUCGCAUUUCCUAUUCGAUGACAGACUGAAUAUCGAUUACGAAGAGUCGAUUUGUCGAAACUGAAUAUCGAUUACGAAGAGUCGUUUUGCCGAAACGUUUUUCGAAACGAAACCACAAAAGAGAAACUCCGCAAAGGGAAAUCAGAGCAGACAAAGGAUAUCGGCAUCCACUAUAGGGAGAUACAAUCCAGUUGUGUGUUCGUGUAAAGUAUAGGCCAGGCCAAAAAGGACAGCAGCACUUAAGGCAUAAAUCUCCCAGCUCAAUCAUCCAGCAGUGCGAGAGAGAGAGAGACAGGUGACACUCGCCUCUGGAAAGAGACAAACGAUAUAAGUGGCUGCCUGCUGCUUUAAACUGUGACAGAAGGAGGAGCACGAGGCUGGAGCUGGCACCCUUAUCAUCGUCCUGCAUGCUGAUUCCGUUUGCCGAGGCUCUGUAAACAUGCCACCACACAGACCGCACACCGUCUAGGACAUCGGACGUACAAAGGACUAGCAGACAAGGCUCUCAAGGACAUUGGUGGAUGCCCCAGCACCCAGCACCCAGCCAUGGCCAGCUUCAUAGCAGAACUUUGGCAUUUGAGUGCAUUUCCAGGCAGAUUAAAUUAUGCUUCAUAGCAGAACUUUGGCAUUUGAGUGCAUUUCCAGGCAGAUUAAAUUAUGCUUCAUAGCAGAACUUUGGCAUUUGAGUGCAUUUCCAGGCAGAUUAAAUUAUGGCCUUGAUCAAGAUGUUGCUGCCGUUGCCGGGCACGGCUAAGGACCUGUGCAGGACCACGAGUUCGCUCUCCAGCCACACAGCCACGUGCAGUUCAUCCCUGAGCCAGGAUGAGGCCACCAAUGCCGCCAAUGUCUGCAUCGACGGGACUGCAGACGACUGAAGUGCAUGCCCAUGCCCAUGCCACGCCGCAGCAGCAGCAGCAGAAGCAGAGACUACACCAGACCCCGACAGAACCACUUGACCCCGACAGGAGUCUGCCACAGCAGAGGCACGCGACGCCCAACUCGAAGCUCCUGCCGUCCCUGGAGCUGUUGGUAGAGAACAAGAUUAGCUACAGCGGCUCGGCCGUCACAUAUCACCAGUCGCCAGAUCUCAGAGCAUCCCCCCAAACCCAUUCCCAAACCCAUUCCCAAUCCCAUUCCCGAACAGCCAACAAACGGAGCUCCCUCAGCAGUCCCUCGUCCAGCGAGGACUGUGUGAGUGCCGCGAGGGCGAGCAUAUUUGAUGAGGCCGCCGAGAGCUUUGUGAUCAACUUUCCGGCAAAGUCAGCGGCCGCGUCGCAGCACCAACUGCUGCCCCUGUCCGACACGGUGCCCCUGCUGACCCACAUCGAGGCCACCGUGGUGGACAAGCAGCGGUCCAUUCGCCUCAGCAAGAACAGCGCCUCGCUCAUCUUCACCAAGAAGGAGCUGGGUCUUGGUCUGGGUCUGGGCCACCACCAGAGACGACAGCACCACAGCAGCCUCUACGGCGCUGGCGGCGAGCGGACGACGCGCAAGACGACAAAGCACUUGCCGCACACGCGCGGACAGCAGCAGCGGCGCAGUCUGCCGCUUAGCUACAGCCACACGAACGCCAGCAAUCUGGUGACCACAGCCGGCGCAAACUACGCUCUCAACGGGGCAGGAGGAGGAGCAACAGCCGCUGCAGCCGCAGGUGGGAAACUUGUGCCGCACAAGCAUCAGCAGCAUCACGGCCUGGGCCUCACCUCACCCACGGCUACCUCUGGUGUGGGGGGCGCCGCGGCAGGCGCUGGUGGAGGAGGAGGCGCCGUACCGCCCCCGGCCCACACGGCCCGCAAGCAGCUAUCCUACUCCUGGUACGCGCCCGUCUACAGUGCCCUCGAGGAGGAGCUCGAACAGGACUCGCGGGACUCGUCGCCAAUUCACAAUCUGGCCAACACAAAGCAGCACCAACGCUCCGCCAGCCAAAAGGCCCCCUCAGCUUCUGUCUCCCUGCAUGCCACGUCCCACCACGAGCACGCCCAAGAGGCCGAGACGGUGGCGCUGCUGGAGACGCAGACGCGCAACAAGAUCAUCAUUUCCUCGGCGAAUGGCGAUGCUGGCGGAGCAAGCAGCCCCAGUGCCGGAGGAGGCGGUGGCGGCGGCGGUGGCUGCGGAUCUGGAGGAGGCCUGGCUCCAGACUUGGAGAGCUUGUUGGGGCUGUCCGGGGGCGGACAGCUGCCACGAUGGCGUCGCUUCGAGAACUUUCUCAAGUCCCUCGUGGGCCUCAAGGCCAGCAGCAACGGUCGAGAGCGGGAAAAGGAUCGGGAGACUGGCCUGCAGCGUCCAGCCUCGCCGGAGAUACGGAUCACACGCACACCCUCGGAGCAGAACGUGGUCCUCCUGGAUCUGGCCGGCCCCCAGGAGUUAGCCAACGGGCAUGGGCCCAGGGGCAGCCUCAGCAUCAGCGGAUCGAGCAGCUCCCUGAACGUGGUCCAGCACAAGCUGUGGCACAUCAUGCGGCGCGAGGGCAGCGCCAGCAGCCUCCACCAAGAGAAGUCCCAGUCCAUUGUCCAGUACACGGGACUGCGCAAAUGCGAGACCGUCCUGGCCCUCACGCGGCAGGGCCAGAGCCACAGCCACAGUCAGAGUCACAGUCAGGGCCUAAGCCUGUCCCAGAGCCGGAGCCAGGGCCACUCGAUGGCCGGCCAUGGCAGCGGGAUCUUCAGCAGCGCCGGCGUCGAGCAGAUACGACCCCUCAAUCGGCUGCGGAACAGCGUGAACAGCAUCAACGGCCACGGCGGGGGCGGGGCCACCUGCUCCCGCUGCACCAGCCUGCUGUCCCUGGCGGCCUCCGGGUCGCGCUACUCCCUGGCCAACGGAUUCGUAGUUCGCCCGGACUCGGCAGCCGGCACGGAGGAGGAGCAGCCGCACAUCAACGUGAAUGCCCAGAUCCGACUCAGCGGCGGAACGGUGUCGGCGCCCUCCAGCAGCCCCAGUCCCCCGUCCAAUGUGACCACGGCCACGCUCCAUUCCAGCUCCAACAACAAUCUGUUCCAUGCCAAGGAAGAGCAGCAGGAGGAGGAAGAGGAACAGCAGCUGGAGCAGCUGGAGCAGUCUCCAGCGACUGGCGGCGAGCUCGGUCCGUUUGGCACCAAUCAUGCCUAUCCUUUGACCGUCAGCUCCCUGCUGUCGAUGGCCAAUGCCAAUCAUGCGGCCCAGGCCUGUUGCGUGCGGGACGGCAUCACCCUGCAGCGCCGCGAGAUGCUCGCCUCCGUGGAGGUCACACCCUCGGCCACGCCCACCAGCACUUUCCAGCCAUUCACCUGCAAGCUGUGUCUGAUCGACGUGGAGGAUGCGGGCGAGGCCAUGUCCCUGCUGCAGUGCGACUGUCAGUUCUGUAUCGAGGUGAGUAGUCGGGGCGGGGGCACUCCCCGUCAAGAAUAUUCCAUAAAUAUUCAGAGAUCUUUAUACUCGAAAUUCGAUAAGAUUCAGCGAGCACAUAAUCGUAAAAAUGGUAAAACGGGGAAAAGUCCGCUAAGCCCCAGCAAGGGGAUUUUCCUUUCCAAGCACAUAGAUACACCGCCACACAGAUACAUCGCCACACAGAUACACCGCGAGCUUGGCGAGCUUGGGCCAAAAGGCCAGAGAGUUGAGGAAGCUGAUGGUGCUCCCAAAGAGGUCCAUCACGAACCCAAUGAGGGAUCUGGUGGAUGAGAUCGAAUAUCUGCAGCGAGAGUUGGAAUCGUGCUGGCAGGCGAUCUCUGCGGAGCAGGCUGUAGCCAAGGUUACACAGCCGGAAGUGACGGAGAGGGCGGGAAAGAGGGCACGG